CAUAAUGCCUGAAACUCGGUCUCCAACGCUCCAACGAGGACUGUCCCGACCAUGCCUGUGCCUCAUGCUCGUCGGACGUUAAUUUUCAAAGAUCUUCGUUAAAGCGACGAUGAUCACGGCGGUGUCGUGCAGGAUCCAGGGGUGAAGCACGGAUCGAACCGAGUAGGGUUUCCCUAAGAUCUAGAUGCUGAACCGCGUCAUCCAGGUCAUCUAACGUGUAUUGUUAGUGCCAAGAGAUGCUGAUACGAGAAUACCUUACAGCUGUUCCAUGGGUCCUCUUAUUAUCUAAUUUUCGGCCGACCCAGGCGAUCGUCGCGUUGCAGGUGGGUUAUAGAAACGGAACAUCUUUAGUUUCGUACAAUGGUGUUGCUGUUACUGACCCAUGUUCUUCUUCAAUGUUUCUAUGCUUCUUUUCUUGCUACUGUAACUCAACCUGUUCAACUAUUUACUCAAUUCAAGUAUUCCAAAGAAACGCGAAGUAACCUCUAUUCACGUUCACCAUAACUCCUUACCAUGAAGGCCCCACUCCUAUUCACCCUGAGUUUCCUAGCACCUAGCAUCCUCGCCUCUACCAACCACGCCACCACAUCAGCGUCACAACCCAUAUUCGUCCUCAAAACAAGCCAGACCGCAACAUCAGUCCUCAGCAAAGCCCUCGGCAAACUGGGCUACAUCCACCAAGAAGCUCGCCAAGGGAACUACAGCGCCUCAUCUACCCCUAACAUCAAUGCCAACACCAACACAUACGUCGAGGUCACCUCCGACGCGCAGCUCCUAGAAAUCUCUAGAGCUCACCCCGAGGCCAAGUUCAUAAUACCGAGCGGGAGCCAGCUUUUUUCCGCCUCCGAGGACGGGGCGCCUGGGUCGUGGUGGGGGCGGCAGCGAGCCAGCGGCGCGGAGCUGGUAGGCGGAGAGGGUGGUGGUAUCUGGUUCGCGCAGGAUUUCCUCUCUGAGAAGAACGAGAACGAGAAGUUGGACGAGGUCCUGGAGCUGGACGUGCUGGCGCUGGAGAAGGGCGCGCAGGCGGAGAACUGGGUAAGGCUGUGCGAUUUCUUGGGCUUGGGGUAUAGUGUUGUGGAGAGGUUGAGCUUGUGGCAUUUUCCGCAGUAAGGAGGAAGACGGGUAUUUGGGUUUAUGGGGGUGGGGAUUUGAAUUCGGAAAUAGAUGUGUGCUGGUGAUAAGGCAGGGGAAGCUGCGAGUGGUAGUUGAGCCCAUCUUUCUAGUAGACAUGUUAUGCCCAAAAGGCGUGAUGGGGAGGAAUUGCGUAAAGACCGAUUGGUUUGCGAAGGGCCGAAUAGAUGUGGUCGCAGACGUUUAGUUUUCCGUCGAGUACAUAGAAGGCGAAGACGGCGCCGGAUUGGCGUUGAAAAGUUAGCUAACAUCUCCUAAGGACCUAGGAAGAGUGCUUCUUCACCGUUUUGCGCUUAUGGCCGCGGAAAGGCAGCAUCAGGAAUAGAGUUACUUGCAUUAUACCAAUCUUAGAGUUGAUAGAUAACAUAUAUGAAUAGACAGAGUCUCUUGCAACUCUUGAAGUCAUCAGCUCUUUCAGUGAAACUAGAUAUCUAGGUUAUAUUGCUU